CAUGUAAAGGCCAUGUGCCUGUGCUAGAUGUCUGUGUGAAGAGGAAGUUGUAGCAAUGUUGUGUGUUUAAGGCUGUGGUUAACACAGCCUCUCUGCUCUUUUCAGACGUUUCAGCUGGCACAAAGUCGGUUGUGUGAGUCUCAGAGGAGGACGUUUUGCUAGUUGAGGAUUGCUGUUUAUCUCUUUAAAUUGGGCGUCAGACUGCAAACCAUGCACUCAAAUUCGUGCCCCGGUCUCAGCACCCAGUUCCUCUUCUUCCUUGUCCCCGGCUUCCAUCCCAGAAGAUGUCUUCUUCAGCAGUUCUCCUGAGGACAAGAGGAACUUCUUGGCUGAAAGCGACGAGUGCAGCAGUGAGGAGGACCUUUUAGAGCUCUGCUCUUCUCUCAGAGAUUCUGAAUAUUACAGAGACUUGCAGCUCGGAUCCACUGAUGAACCAGACGUGCGACUUCCUGUCUUAACUGCACCUGUUUCUGACAAGGGUCUUACCCCUUUGGUACUGCCUGUGUUCACAACAGAGAGUGGAUCAAGGCAGGAUUUCACAGAGUUCCACACCCAUAAACUUCUCCAGAUAGACAACUCUCUGAAUUUUGCUGGAAGGGAAGGAAUGGAUCGCUUGGUAGCUAUUAGAUCUUCAGAGUCCCAGAAUUGUCCGGAAUCCGAGCAAGAUGAGGACCCGGACACCGAUAACUUUCCCACAUUGGUUAGAUCUAUGUCCACGUCACGUAGACACAGCUGGGAAGUGCCAGUAUCGCCAAUUGACCUGGGCAGAAGAUUCAGUCUAGACACCACAGACAUUGACAGUGAUGGAGAAAGAGUGGACCAGUGUUUGGACAAAAGUUUCCAUUUACCAUCUUCCUCCUUCUCCGAAAGCUCAGUGGAAGAAACGACCGGUGCUGUGGAAAGUGAAAGCCCCCAAAUAACACCGCCCUCACCAGCAAGGACAGUGUAUUCCCGAUCUGAAAUUCUCGCGACUGAUGAAAAAGUACAAGCUGACAGAGUCUCCCGCAUCCUGGAGACUUCUAAGCAGGCAGCAAGAGAGGCCAGAGAAGAGCAGGAGUCGGAAGAGGGGCUGCAGUCUGUGGUGGGACGAAGUCAUGUGCUGAUGGUACAGAAAGUUCUACAGGAGCUUAAGCAGUAUCAUGGAGCUAAACGCAGAAAUUCAAGCAUAGAAAGAAAAGAGGUGACGGGGAGUGUCACGUGGUACGAGUUUCUCGCCAUUGGAGACGAGGAAGAGGAGGAAAGACCGGAGCGUCCGGAAAAAGGCACCAAAGUCAAGCGGACUCUGAGCUCACUGAAAAACCGCAUGACUGGAUCCUUCAACAAAGACAAAGGUAAGAUUCGAGAGAAAGAGCAGAACAAAGAGAAAAGCAGAGAGAGAGAGAAGGAGAGAGAGAAAGAGCUGAGAGAGCGUGAGAAAGUGCGGCGCCGCAGUGUGAGUGGCCACCAGCUCGUGCCUGGCUCAUUUUCCAGCUGGGCGACAUGUUCACUGUGCAGCAAGACCCUGCAGAGGAAGCAUGGCCUGCAGUGUUUGAACUGCGCCGUGAACGUCCACAAGAGCUGCAAGAACCUGCUGCCCGAGUGUAGCAGUAAAAGCAAGACAAAAGAGUCGGUGCAAAAGUCGCCAAACGCCGCAGCUCAGUCGUAUAGUCAAGCUCUGCGGGACCCCAGCUCUGCCCUCACUCCCAUCAAUGGCUCGUCCCGAACGUCGCGCUGUGUUACAGGUAUGACCAUUCCACCCAAAGGACACAGUGCCCAACCUGCCGCCUCCAGCAACCCUACAGUCAGCCACAACAGCAGCAGCGGCUUUAUCGCAGGAGAGAUGGACGAGGUUGACGGGUUCAGGCUGAAGCGCCCCGCUGACGACACUCUAUCUCUCGCCUCCACUGUACCCGAUUCGCUCAUCGUUGAAGAUGCGUAUUACACCACAGUGCGAGGGGAGCUGGAAGCCAUUGCGCAAGACUUCGAGGUGGAGUCCUGGAGUCUGGCUGUGGAUCAGCACUUCUUAAAGAAAUAUUCGAAGGAGAUGAUGAAGAGACAGGAUGUUAUAUAUGAGCUCAUCCAGACGGAGAUCCACCACGUGCGUACGCUCAAGAUCAUGCUCCGUGUUUAUGCUCGAGAGCUGCGGGAGACGUUGCAGCUGGACGACAGGAAGCUGGACUGUCUGUUUCCUCAGCUGGACAGUCUGCUGGAGCUGCACAGCCACUUCCUGUCCCGUCUCAGGGAGCGGCGCGCAGAGUCUGUGCAGCCGGGCAGCGAGCACAACUAUGCCAUCCAUAAACUUGCAGAUAUUCUUAUAUCCCAGUUUUCUGGAGAGCUUGGAGAGCGAAUGAAGGAAAGUUAUGGGGAUUUCUGCAGUCGGCACACUGAAGCUGUCAACUACUACAAAGAGCAGCUGCACAGCAACAAGAAGUUCCAGAACCUCAUGAGGAAAAUAAGUAAUCUAUCAAUAGUGCGGCGGUUAGGUGUUCAAGAGUGUAUCUUGCUGGUGACACAACGAAUCACCAAGUAUCCUGUUCUUGUGGAGCGCAUCCUGCAAAACACAGAAGCCGGGACAGAGGAACAUGAAGGAUUAGCACAAGCUCUCGGUCUAAUCAAAGACACCAUAGCUCAGGUGGACGGCCAUGUCAAUCUCUACGAGAAGGAAGCACGGCUAAGAGAAAUCGCUUCCAAGAUGGAGCCCAAGUCCCACGGGAAAAUCAAAGAUGGACGUGUCUUUCGUAAGGAGGACCUUUCUCAGGGCCGCCGCAAGCUCUUGUACGAGGGCUUGGUAAACUGGAAAGCCGCAUCUGGUCGCCUCAAAGAUAUUCUAGCUGUACUUCUCACCGAUGUUCUCGUCUUGUUGCAAGAAAAGGAUCAGAGAUAUGUGUUCUCAACGGUGGACAACAAGCCAUCAGUUAUUUCGCUGCAGAAGUUGAUCGUGCGAGAGGUGGCUCACGAGGAGCGGGCCAUGUUCCUCAUCUGUGCCUCCUCGAACGAACCCGAGAUGUACGAAAUCCACACGGCCUCGAAAGAAGACCGCAACGCGUGGAUCACCCACAUCCGUCAGGCCGUUGAGAGCUGUCCACAUACUGAAGAGAGAUUGUUUUGUGAGGAAGAGGAAGCCAGAGUCACCCGGUUCAGAGAGUUUCAAGAUCGCCUGACAUUAAAGGACGCUCUGAUCGCCCAGAGCCUCACAGAGAAGCUGCAGUUGUUUGCAGAGCUGGCUGAAUCUGUGGCCGGUCUAGAAGACGCCAGCUCUCGCUCCCGUCUGCUUCUGCGGGGUGACGCCUCCGACCUCCAGCAGGGGGAGCAGCUGCUCAAAGGAGCCAUUACUGAAGUGGAGAACCUUCAGAACCUCCUGACAUCUGGAGCUCGGGACACUUCUCCCCAGACUGAGGGGUACCAGAGUCCGUCCUUGAGUUUGCUGCCCCGCAGAGCUGACACAUUCGGCGGAUACGACAGUGUCGCUACCAUACUUCCUAAGAACAGCAGUAUUAAGAAGGUUCCCGGAGUGUCCGGCAGGUCCAGGGACAGGAGUCAGAGGGCCAGCUCGGAUCCACUGCUCAAAGAGGUCUACACGUGUCAGGACCAGGAUGAGCCGGACGAGGCCUCCUCACCCGGCUGCCACAAAAUGUGGUCCAGCUGUAAAUUUCCAGAAUCCGAGUUCUAUGAGCGAGUGCUGCUGCUGUCCCAGAGGCUCUACAGUUUACAGGCCAUCGUUUCUCAGCAGGACAGCCUCAUCGAGCUCCAGCGGGCCUCUUUCCUCACGGCCGAGCGGGACCGUCCCGGCAGCCGGAACCGGGGCACCGACGUGCUCCUGGAGCAGGAGAAGCAGCGGAACCUGGAGAAGCACCGCGAGGAGCUCGCCAACUUCCAGCGGCUGCAGAGCCAGCAUCGGCAGGAGCAAGCGCGCUGGGAACGGGAGCGGGAGAAGCAGCGGCGGCAGGCGGAGGCAGACCAGCAGCGGCUCAAGGAGAAGGAGGACGAGUGUCGCCGGCUGGAGGCGCGUUUGGCCGAGGACAGGCAAGAACUGGAGAGGCAAAGACAGACGUACCAGCAAGACCUGGAGAGGCUGAGAGAGUCCACACGUGCGGUUGAAAGAGAGAGAGAACGGCUGGAGCUACAGAGGAAGCUGAAGAAGCACAACACGGUGCCGAAUACUGCGGCUCUUUACGCACAGGACGUUGGACAGCUUUCCGUUUCCUCCAGCUUCAACGGGGAACAGCUGUUCGGCGGAGCAGGGGACCAGACGCUUCCUCAAAAGUCUCUCCUGCGGGCCACUCUCUCAGCAUCCCCCGCCGACUACCCUGAGCGUCCUGAAGUGCACUCGCGCCGAGAGAGCUCCUGCAACACCCUGCCGGCCAAGACUGAGGUCCCCAUCCAUCUCAUCAGCACCACCAACCAGCUGCACAAGCAGGGCAGCGUCCAGCAGCAGAUACCGACCAAACUCGCUGCCCUCAGCAAGGGCAAGGAGAAGAGCGGGAAGGGCAAGAGUUCGCACCGCACCGAGAGUUUGGCUUCUGUUGACAUGAAGCAGAUGCUGCCCGUCAAGCUGUCAGCGAGGGAUUCGGAUGGAGGGCACAAAGCACGCCGGCCCAUCAGCCCCCACCAACCACAACAUUCACACUCAGAUUCCCUCAUCCCUCCAGACGCUUAUACAGACGCCCAGUCCAGCCUCGCGCCCGCCGCACUCAAAACCCACAACCAGACCUCCCAGUACACUGUUAAUGAUGAAGCCGUCAAGGAGGACGUCAUCUUUUUCUGAGCUCUGCACGGUAUCUGAUGGGAUGUAAAGACUUUGCGUUGACGUUUCGGCCGGUCUUGAUUCUCUAGACAACGAACACAUUUUAAUCCCGUCUUAACUACUAACAAGUUUUAUUGCAGCCAGUAAAAACAACAGGAAAAGUGUUUUAAUUUGUGCGGAAAAAAUAAAAGAAGCAUGUCCAGAAAACCCAAAGACUGUGACGGACAGCUUCUAGUGAAGUUAACAAACGUGGAGAAUUCUGUAGCAUCCGCUCCGAACGUGCGUUAUGAAGGAUAAAUUGAUGUUUUUGGUCGCGUAUUGUUGUUGUGAGCUAAUUUGCACAGCGUCAAUGUCCUAUUUCAUUUUAAACACUGUAUUUGGGACAACAUUUUCUGCAGAAGGAUUCGCUUUGGUUUCAAUUAUAGUUAGUGGUCACUCUGGGAAGUCAUUGUGGAAAACUUAGACAAAUAGAUUGAACGUUUUUAAAUUUAAGUAACAGUUUGUUCACAUACUGGUUUAUUCUGUCCAAGAUAUUGUGGUUUUGACCGUACACUGUAUACAUUAUUUUUAUUUGAUAAUAUUCAAUUUUUAUUUCAGUUGUCGUUUUAUUCACGUCGCCCGUCUUUUUAAAGAUUUUUUCCAAAAAAAUAAGCAGCGAACGUGAAGAGAAACCAAGAUUUUAUUAACCAGUAUUCUGUUUUUAGUCUUUAAACAGAAUGGAGCAAAUUCUCUCAAUAUUUUGAGGUUACAUGAAGGACACAAAUGUUUCAGAUGUUAAAUAAGCCAUAUUUUCAGCUUUCCAUAAAAUCAAAAGGUCCAUCUAAGACAUGAAUUUGUCUAAAUAUAAGCAUUUGAAUUCACAGAAACUCAAGGAAUCCCCCCAACCCCAAUAAAAAAAAAAAAAAGAAAUGAGUAUCAUUACAAUUUUGGUUUUAUGAUCUCAUUCUCAUUACCGUGAUGUGAAAUAAAAAAAUAAAAAUUUUUUUUGAAUGAUUCAAAUCAUUUAAAUAAAAUAGAAGUAUAGUAAGUAUACAUCAUGGUAGUAUUUGCUUUGCUGUUUUUAAUUUAUGCUAUUUUUUUAUGAAAUGGGCAAAAAAUUGUCUGGUAAAAUAGAUAUUUAUUACUGCAUUACAGUAAUGAGAACUUUGGGGGAAAAUGUGUUUAAUUGCAGACUUUCGAUACAAAAUUUAAAAUUGAUCUAUUUUAAAAAUGUAUUUGGGUAAAAUAUGACCUCCUCCAUUUAAUAUUAGUGCCAAACAGAGAAUUUAGUAGUAAAACAUCGGUAGAUGUAUACGCUUCUCUUUUUUUAAAAAACAAACAACAAGUUAACUUGAUUUAU